AGAUUUUGCAGGCGAAACGACACCUUCCACUGCAACUCGCCGACAAGGACGCGACGGCGUUACCCGGCUUGUCCAUGAAGACUCUUCGUCCUCUUGCUUGUGGUGCUUAACGAUCGGUGUUGCUGUCGAUUACACCACGCCGUGGAUCGGCGCUGUGGUCCAGCGGUGGAGGUGGUGGCAGCGACGGCGACGGCGGCGGCGGCGGUGGUGGUAGAAGUGGAAGUGGUGGUGCGUCCGUGGGGGACGUUUCGCGAAGUGUACGAGAGAGAGAGAGCCGUGGUGCGCGCGAGAGGGUCGGAUCGAUAGCACCGAAAAGCGAGAGGAAAGAGAGCGCGCGGCUGGAUCCUCUCGGCUAAGACGCUCUGGGGUGUCCUAGGACGCUGCGUGAUCUCAUCGUGUGCGCACCGGCUGUUAGGGCGAACGCGAUCGCAUCUUUGCGCGAUGUUCGCGCGCACGUGCGUGCCUACGUGUUCACGACGCUCGGGCCGGAUCUUAUAGUGGCGAUGUGACGUUCGUGUGCGAAAUCGUUGGAUUUCCCUUCGCGGUGUUGUCCUCGAGGAGAAGCAGAAUAUGCAACAUCUGGCUUUCGUAACAGCGAAUCGGGAUGAGAAGUCGAUGAGCAUCAAUCGCCGAUUGAUUUCGAAGAUAACGUUCUCUCGAGUAUCUUCCGAGUUGACUAUCAACGCUUGUCGAGCGUAUCGUAUGGUGUAGCCGAAAUUUUUUGCAAAAUAAACGCGGUAAGCCCCGUUCCAUAGCGUCGCGGGUGCACGGAUAGGUCCGGCUCGCUCUCGUGUUGGCGUUCGGUGCAACUGCUGCUUCUCAGGGAAAAUUAAUGUACGAAUUAUCGUACGCGACUGUUGUCGGCGUUGUUUCCUGGUAUAUGCUCGGGAAAGAGAAUCCGCCGAAUCAUACGCGGAACUUCGGAUACGAAUGCGAAGCGGAGAGCGACGACAAGGGACGACAAGGGACAUCGAAAUGACUUUUUGCAGAGACUAUACGGGUAAUACAUCUUUAAGAAUGAUGGUAAACAAUCGCUGGCGGAACCCAUGAUGUCACCAAUCGCGCUUACCGCCGCUGAUUCCCCGUCGUCAAUCGGUUUUUUUAAAUAUGCUGCGUGGUCGACAUAUCUUUAGGAGUGAAAUCACGAAGAGGAACAACGUUUUUGCGGAAUCAUGUGUGGUAUUCCGAUAAAACGAAGCAUACGAUGUUGUGCGUGAUCUCGUUGAGGACUACUGAACGAUCGUUGGACGAAAUUACGGAGCCAUGAUUAGAAACACGUGGCCGAAGCUGAUGAGAUCCGCGGGUGACAGUCGGGCGAGUCGCGCGUGUGAUCGUCGACAUUUGUUGUUCAGUAGUAGCGGCAGCGGCGGUGGAUCGUUGAUUCGCAUCAUCGUCUUGAUCGUCUGUUAUACCGUCAUGGCAACCUGCGGCGAUUCCAAAGAUAGAACACCUCGUGGGCUCAAGGAAUUGCAGUUGGCUCUGAACAAACCGGGAUUGUUAGGUGAAUGCGACCUGGAGCCUAGUUGUGAUUGGAGGUGGAACAAAACUGGAGGUUUUGUAGUGAUGCAGGCGCCGGCACGCAGCAAAUUUGGUCCGACUACGGACGCCAAUACUACUAAAGAUGGCCACUUUCUGUGGUACAGCGGCAGUGGGACAGCUCAAAUGUGGUCACCGCGAAUUCCUCCCACAACUGCACGUUGUACACUUGAAUUGUGGAUGCACCAGGUGGCGAUGGAAGACGGAGCCAUAAAUCUUGUGAUAGACACUAACAAUGUCAGUUCAGUCACGGAAGAGAAAUAUGGAAAUAAUAACGCUAGGUGGGAGAACGUGCGUUUCUUUCUGGGCGCGAUCAGCCAGUCCAAUAGAUUAUUUUUAGAGAUACUCUUACCCUACGCGAACUCGAGUGUUGCGGUUGACAACGUCCAUCUAGUCAACUGCUUCCCAGAUAUCACAUUAAACAAAGUGAUUUGCACAGACGAUAUGUUCCGCUGCAAAAAUGGCACUUGCUUGAGCAGCAUUCACAUCUGCGACUUUACCAAGGAUUGUCCUGAUGGUGAAGACGAAAUGUUCGAAUGCGACAAGAUACCGGAGAAUGCAAGGUGCAAUUUCGAAAACGGCUGGUGUGGCUGGUCAAAUGUUCCUGGGAGACCUUUGAAUUGGACUCUGCGUAGCGGUCCCACGCCAGAGAGGAACGUACCUGCUUACGAUCACACCUAUCGCAAUAAAACAGGGACGUACGCGUACGUGGAUAUGUUCAAGCGAGUCGCGUACGGCAGCCGGGGCACCAUCGAGAGUCCUUUGUAUAAUCCAACACCGCCUUAUAGCAGCGACCCUAAAAAUCUCUUUUAUCAGUCGUGUCAGGUACGUUCGUGUCUGUCAUUUGCCAGCCUUUGUUAUUUAAAAAUGCAUUCAGACUUAUAUCAUCAUAUCCGUAACAAGAUUUGUAUCAUAAUCAAGUCAAGAAUGGAUGCUGUAUCGUAUUUGCGUAUCAAAACGUUACGAUUAGGAUCGACUCGGAGUCAGUAUUUUGCUGUCACAUUAAAGAAAUAAUAUGUGGACACAGUCAGUUUGGACGUUAUUGUAAUUUGUAUCAUGAUUGCACGAUCUCUCUUUACGCGGAGUGUAGAGCAGGGAACAUUCACUUUUUUUAUAGAUUUUUUAUUCAUCAUCAUAUCUUCUUCUUCUUUUUUAAUGCAUAAUGAAUAGAAAUGUAGUUGGCAGUAGUCAAUCAUACAGAAAAAAACAUACACUAGAGAUAAUUAAAGAUAUGAAUUAAAGAUAUGAAUAUAUCAAACAAUAAAACAAAAAGAUACAUACCAAAGAUACAGAUACGCAAUAUAGAUACAGUUUGAAAACUACGCCUUAUAACAGUAUUGUAUCAGUGUAUCGUAUCAUGAUCGGAUAUGGUAAUAUGAUACAUGUAUGGACAUAUCUUAAUAUUCACGCCCACUGUUAAUAAUAGACAUCUCACACAUUAAUAUCCCGUCUUAAAGACGUUUAAAAGAUAUGUUAAAAAUUUUCAGACGUCUCUUUAAAAAAUUAUCAGAGAUUAAAGAUAUGAAUGUCUUCAUGACAUCUUUAAGACAUCUUAUGUCCCGGUUUAAGAUGUCUUUAAGACGUUAUUUUAAAGCGUCUUUAAGACGUCUUUCUUAAGGGAAUAUUCUAGUAUGAAAACCUAUUUUCAAGCCAAUGUUUGGGAAUUUUAAGCAAAUAGUUAAACCUACAGAGUUAAUGUUUUGUACUGACAUUUAUUCAUCUUUGAAGAAACAUAUCAAAUUUUGUCAAAGCUUUUUAUUCAAAAUUGGAGAAAAUACAAGUGGUAACAGGUCACUCCGUCUUUUAUCGAGCGUGUUGAUGGCCGCCGUCUUCGUCAUUAAACAAACGAAUUUGCUUUUAAUUUGUUCUUUAUAAAUGUGUCUAUCGCCAGAACUAGAAUCUUUUUGAUAUCUAAAAUUACUAUUUUUCCAGGUCGCGAAAAGUUAGAAUUUUUUUUAGUAAAAGCUACUAUUUUUCAAGCGCUACCAUUUUGUUAAUUUUUCUUCAAAUUAUUUAAUUCUAGUUUGGGCGAUAGCCACAUUCAUAAAGAAUAAAAUAAAUUCAAAUUAAUUUAUUUCAGAUGACGAGGACAGCGACAAUCAAUAUGCCCGAUGAAAGACGAUUUUAGGGCGUAAUUUGUUUCGUCCACUUGUAUUUUCUUUAAUUUUUAGAAUAAAAAGCAUUAAUAAAAUUUGAGAUGUUUCUUUAAAGAUGAAUAAAUGUCAGUACAAAACAUUAAAUCUUUAGGUUUAAUCAUUUACUUAAAAUUAAUUUUCAAAAGUCACCUUGAAAACAGGUCUUCAUACACUGAGAGAAAAAUUAUCUUAAAAUUAACAAAUAUUUUCUUGGUGGGUGCCAUUAACAUAUUUAUUUAAAUCUACAUUCUAUUUACUUAAAUCAAAUAUUGUUUACUUGAUUUAAAUAAACAAUAUUUGAUUUAAGUAAGGAGAAUGUAGAUUUAAGUAAAUAUGUUAAUGGCACCCACCACGGCAGCAGCAGUUCUCCCCGACGUUAAUAUUCCUCGUUCGGACUCGACUCCUCCGAUGACCGUAUUUUCACACAAAAAUUAUUUGAGGGCUGCGUAAACUCGCGUUCUAUUCGCCUCACGGCUAGGACGCGACAUCCGCCUGCAGCCGGGAAGCUCGUAAGGCUUCCUUAUCACCGAGUGACGGACGAUAAAGAAUCAUCACGUCACAGCUAUUAAUCAGAGGUAAUUAGGGAAG